AUGGAAGCUGAACGUCAAGAAAGCGAGAAAUGCAACUUUGAAGUCGAUCGUGAGGACAGCCAUAUUGAUGACAACACAGACCUGGAGGCCUAUUUUGACGAACCGAUUGCCAAUGAUGUUUGGCUAGAAGACUAUUGUCGAAGGCAGGAAGAAAACAACGAAAGAAUGGCAGAGUUAGAACUUCGUUGGGAUGGAAGCAAGCCUGUAACAUCAUG